UCCCCUGCCGUUCGGGGGAGGAGGAGGCGGCCGGCGCGGCCCCUUUAAUUCCCUCGCUCCCCUCCCCCCUCCCGGCCGCUCCAGCCUCCAUUUUCCAGCGGCUCCGGCACCUGGAGGCAGAGGCGGCGGGAGCGGCCCGGGCCCGGGCCCCCGCCCUCCCUGCCCGGGCAUGGCCGCCAACAUGUACCGGGUCGGAGAUUAUGUCUACUUUGAAAAUUCUUCAAGUAAUCCAUAUUUGAUACGAAGAAUAGAAGAACUCAAUAAGACUGCCAAUGGAAACGUGGAAGCAAAAGUGGUGUGUUUCUAUAGAAGAAGGGACAUAUCAAGUACCCUUAUUGUACUGGCAGACAAACAUGCAAGGGAGAUGGAAGAAGAGAUGGAAAACCCAGAAAUGGUUGAUUUGCCAGAAAAACAGAAGCAUCAGUUAAGGCACCGAGAACUCUUUCUCUCGCGACAGCUGGAAUCUUUACCAGCCACACACAUCAGAGGCAAAUGCAGUGUUACUCUGUUAAAUGAGACGGAAUCCCUUAAAUCAUAUCUGGAGCGAGAGGAUUUCUUCUUUUAUUCAUUAGUGUAUGAUCCGCAACAAAAGACUCUCUUGGCUGAUAAAGGAGAAAUUCGAGUUGGAAACAGAUAUCAGGCAGAUAUAACGGACUUAUUAAAAGAGGGUGAGGAUGAUGGAAGAGAUCAAUCAAAACUUGAAACAAAAGUUUGGGAAGCAUUUAACCCACUAGUAGACAAACAGAUAGACCAGUUCUUGGUUGUAGCACGCUCUGUUGGUACAUUUGCCCGAGCUCUAGACUGCAGUAGUUCUGUCAGACAGCCAAGUUUGCACAUGAGUGCUGCAGCAGCCUCCAGGGACAUUACACUGUUCCAUGCUAUGGACACUUUGCACAAAAAUGUCUAUGACAUUUCCAAGGCAAUCUCUGCCCUUGUACCACAAGGUGGGCCGGUCUUGUGCAGGGAUGAAAUGGAGGAAUGGUCUGCUUCGGAGGCAAAUCUCUUUGAGGAAGCACUAGAAAAAUAUGGAAAAGAUUUCACUGACAUUCAGCAAGAUUUUCUUCCAUGGAAGUCCUUAACCAGCAUAAUAGAGUAUUAUUAUAUGUGGAAAACUACAGACAGAUACGUUCAGCAGAAACGAUUGAAAGCAGCAGAAGCGGAAAGCAAGCUAAAACAAGUAUAUAUACCCAACUAUAACAAGCCAAACCCCAACCAGAUCAAUGUAAAUAAUGUCAAGCCAGGAGUGGUAAAUGGUACGGGAGUGCAGGCACAGAACACGGGAGCAGGACGAGCCUGUGAAAGCUGCUAUACCACACAGUCUUACCAGUGGUAUUCUUGGGGUCCCCCUAACAUGCAGUGUCGCCUCUGUGCAUCCUGUUGGACAUACUGGAAGAAAUACGGUGGCUUGAAAAUGCCAACACGAUUAGAUGGAGAAAGACCAGGACCAAAUCGCAAUAAUAUGAGUCCUCAUGGUGUGCCAGUGCGAAACAGUGGGAGCCCAAAGUUUGCCAUGAAGACACGACAAGCGUUUUAUCUACAUACAACAAAACUGACAAGGAUUGCCAGACGCUUAUGUCGAGAUAUUUUGCGCCCUUGGCAUGCAGCAAGACAUCCCUAUCUGCCUAUCAACAGUGCAGCAAUCAAAGCAGAGUGUACAGCACGCUUACCAGAAGCAUCAGAAAAUCCAUUGUUGUUAAAGCAAGUUGUUCGAAAGCCUUUAGAAGCAGUACUGCGUUACUUAGAGUCACAUCCAUGUCCUCCAAAACCAGACCCUGUAAAGAGUUUAUCCAGUUCUCUUAACAAUCUGACUCCUGCCAAGUUCACACCUGUCAUUAACAAUGGAUCUCCAACUAUUCUGGGAAAAAGAAGCUAUGAGCAACACAAUGGGAUGGAUGGCAACAUGAAGAAGCGACUAUUGAUGCCUAGCAGGGGAACUUAUUUAGGUCUGCCUAACCACGGACAAACCAGACAAAUGGGACCAAGUCGAAACUUGCUGCUCAAUGGGAAAUCAUACCCAACAAAAGUUCGAUUAAUUCGUGGUGGAUCCAUGCCUCCAGUGAAAAGGAGGAGGAUGAACUGGAUUGAUGCUCCAGAUGAUGUGUUUUACAUGGCCACUGAAGAAACCAGGAAAAUCCGCAAGCUGCUUUCAUCUUCUGAAGCUAAGCGAGCCGCCAGACGCCCUUACAAACCAAUUAUCAUCCGGCCAAUCCAGGCAGUGCCGUUACGCCAGCCCAUGAACGAUGAACCCAUAAUCAUUGAGGAUUAAUACAAACUGAGUGGCCCUUGGAACGAUGGUGGAUCUGCUUGAAAGAAUCUCUCCUUGAUGUAUACUUGAGUUUUUAUUGGCUACAGCAUUGAACUAACUGCUGAAGAGAGGGAACCUUUGAGGAACUGUUUUGCAUCUUUUAAACACUUAAAAGGAACUCAGUCCUGCUCUGAGCCUUGAUGACCACAGACUGCUCUCUCUCUUUCUUUCUCUUUUGCGCGCGCUCUGUCUUCUCUUCCUUUUUUUAUUUUUGGUAGCCUAUUUUUCCCCCUUUGCUUCUACCCCUUUUGUAGACAGGUGGGAGGGAAAGUAAGUUUAACUUAUUAAGAAAAUGUGGAAUAGUAAUUUUUAGCUUUCUGUUUCCUCUUCUGAUGUAUGAAGAGCUAGAAUCCUUCAUUUUGUGACUGAGCUCUCGUUGCUAAGCCGUUUUUAUAAGGCUGUGUUGUAAGAUUUUUUUUUUUAUUUUGUGGACAGUGCCAUUUUUUAUUUCAUUUAUAUUAUUUCUUUUGUAGAUAAAUUUCCAAUCUGUAACUCUGAUAUUUGGAAAUAGGAUCUGAAAGCCAGCCACAGGUUCAGCUAGUUUUCUUGGUCCUGUCCCUUGUGUUUUUUGGAUAAUUUUGCACGGCCAAUUCCACUUGUGCUCAAGCACAAGUCAGAAACAACUCAGGCUGAGGAAGGAGCGAGCUAAGGACUGAAGAAUCUUGCAGAACAUUACACUAACAUUGAGCAGCUGAAGCCAGGCUACUGGAAUGAGCUGUUUUCUUUUGUUUUUUAUCCCAGUCAGUCCCAGCGGGGUCUGGCUCGUGGCAUUUCUCUCAAUAACCAGCAGUUUGUGUGCUGCCUUCUGUCUGACAUCUGGAAACCUACGUGCUGUUAUAUCUACCAGGACCAGCAGUAGGCCCUCCAGUUCAGCAAGUGUAAUGAAUUGCUUUGCUCUGGCUCCAAGAGUCAAGUACACCAAUGCCCAGGGACAUUUUGCUUAGAAUACUGAACCUGUUUGUGCAUCAGUGUUUUUUGGACACAUCUCUCCAGGGUGAACCUGGUUUCUGUUAAACUGCAUUACUGUACAUUUCCCAUUUUGAAGGGAAUUUCAAGUUAAAUUACAGCUGGGUUUUCAUUUGAACACACUGUGUUUGAAAUUAAGUGUUUUCCCUUUGACAUUUCUUGUGUUUUUGAGGGGUUGGUUUUUUUUGCAUCUCCUGAACUUAUUAUGUAUUUGCAAGUCUGUAUAACUUUCUUUUUCACAUGUCUUCUCAUUGCAGUGCAUUUGCAGAGUGCCCUGCUUUGUUUUGAAAGGAUGUAAACUAUAAUUUGCGACUUGUGCUGAUCUGUACAUGUACCUGCCUCAAGCAGACACAGCAUGUAAAACCCCCAAGUCAUUCCAUAUGUGUCAGCAGUGAGAUGAGCCAAAGUUGUAUUUGGGUUAUCACAGUCCAGCCGUGAUUCUGUGCAACACUGCUAGCCCAGCAGGGUAGGCAGAAAGGAAUCCCCACAAAAUGAAAUCAAUUCAGUUAACUUUACUUAAUAAACCUAGAAACUGAGCUUUU